GCCUGGUUAUAUACAUCUCCUUUCAGUCAGCCUGGUUAUCUACAUCUCCUUUCAGUCAGUCUGGUUAUAUACGUCUCCUUUCAGUCAGUCUGGUUAUAAACAUCUCAAGUGCUGACAGGAAAACCCACACCUACUGACCAACAUUCUCUUUAGUCUUCUGUUUACUUUGUUUCUCUUUUGUCCAGGAAUUGAUGAGUGCCACUGACCUUGUUCAGCUGAACCACCAGAAUAACAGUGGUCCCCAUGGUGGCAGUGAUGUGACUAGUUUUUUGGAGACCGUUGAAAAUUUCAUUAGACUGAUCGCUCCACAGCUGACAGAGAAGACGGCCAGGAUAGAGACUAAAUAUACAGAGGCCAAUAUACUGGUGAAAAGAAACAAGACUCCACCUAAAGGUCCAGUCAGCCUGACCAGUGGGAACGCUCAACUUGACACUUCCUGGGAGACUGUUGUUGGAGAUCAAAAUAAUUACCCAGGGUUUGCAUUUGCCAGCCUGGUCAGCUUUAAGAAUGUGCAUAUUCAGAACGGCAAAUCAUCUCAGACCCAGCAGCUCAUAUCCAAUGCUGUCAUAGUGUCUACUGGCAACCCCAACUCAACAAACCUGAACCAACCGAUCAACCUCACCUUCCGUCACCUGGAGGUAGCACCAUUUAAAAUGUUCGCUGACAAGGACCCCGACUGUGUUUAUUGGUCAGAAGAGAAUGGGACGUGGUCUAGGCAGGGCUGCAACUUGGUGAUAACAAAUGCCACCCACACUUUAUGCUCCUGUAACCAUCUCAGCUCUUUCUCUUUGCUAAAAGGACUACAAAAGGAAAAGCAGGGAGGGCAGCUUUCGAGAGUAAUGUGGGCGGGCAAUCUCGUGGCACUGGCCUGUGUGGUCCUAUCCCUGACCUUUACCCUGCUGUGUCGUUUUGCCAGCAGAAGACGCCAUCGAGGAAGCUACAAUCUUGAUGUGAAAUUCUUUAGAAUAUGAAACAUUGGUUUGAACAAUGGGUGGUAAUGUAAUGCUUUAUUUUGGAUCCAUUUGUAACAUUGUAACAUCCAAAGCCAGCACUUGUUUUGGUUGUAUAACGAUAAACCAUUGUUAUGGAAAUUUUGAACUAAGGUGCAUUUGAGAAAUGUCUGUCUUUCUAUUGGCUGGU